AGCGGUCUCGUAUAAAUGGCUCAGAUUGCUCUUUGCGUAUCAGUGCGUUUUCGACACGACGCGGUCAAGUGCGUCUCGUGAACAUGAAUUUAUACGUUGCGAUAUGUCUUCUGGCGCUCACGGCGUCGACGAAGGCUGACGGGGGACUGGGGCUCGGAGGCCUAGGUGGGCCAGUGUACGCACCCGGGCAUGCCUCAGUUGAUUAUUAUGCCUAUCCCCGUUAUGCGUUCGAAUACUCUGUGAAAGACCCUCACACCGGCGACAAUAAAGCGCAAUGGGAGAAACGUGACGGAGACGUUGUCAAAGGAGCAUAUUCACUUGUGGAACCCGACGGCAGCCUGCGUGUCGUGGAGUACUACGCCGACGACAAGACGGGCUUCAAUGCCGUCGUGAAGCGCCUGGGCCCCAACCUGCACCCGGCCACCGUCCACGCGGCCCCAAUCUACAAGGCCCCGAUCCCGGUACUCGGCGGACAUGGGUCCGUCCUCUCCCCGAUUUCCGUCGGCCCGGUGGCGAACCUGGGACACCUGGCGAGCGCACCUCUGAUUUCAGGGCCGAUCCAUGGAGGCCCGAUCUAUAGCCCCGCUGUGUCGUCUCAGAACCUAUUCAAAGAACCAGUGAUCGUGAAACAUCUGCCCGCGCCGAUCCUCUCUGAACCUAUAUUACAAGAGCCUAUCCAUCACUCGCCAAUUCUAAAAAGCCCAAUCUUGUCUGAACCUAUUCUUUAUGAACCGAUCAUCAAAGGCCCUAUUCUGCCCGGACCCAUUUAUAAGAAUGGUCCAAUCGUGACCUCUCCUCUUCUUUUUGAGCCUAAUAUCAAAGGUCCUAUUCUACCCGGACCUAUUUACAAGAAUGGCCCACUCCUGCCAGGACCCAUCUACAAAAACGGCCCAAUCCUACCCGGUCCUAUCUACAAGAACGGUCCCAUUUCCUACGGACCUCUGCCAAUCCUCAAAGGCCUGCCCGGGCCUAUCUACAAGGCUGGGCCGAUUUACUCUGAGCCUUUAGGCCCGCUACCAGAUUACAAAGCGCCACUACCCCUUUACAAUGAACACGUACCUCUUUACAAGGAGCCGUUGCCCGCUUUGCCUUUAUUAAAGGGGCCAGUAGAUCUUGGACUAUAUGGUAAAGGACCUAUCAGCACGCUCGAUUGGGAAGGUUUAGGUAGAGGACAGCUCGAGCAGGGCUAUGGUUUGGGCAAGGGCAUCGGUCCGCUGAGCCCAUCCCUGGGAGGUUACGGAUUGCUAAAAGGAAACAUUGGACCUGUCCUACCCUACGCAGGAUUAGAAAAAGGCCGUCUGCUGCCCUCCUGGAACGGUCCGAUAGAGUAUCCUCUGUACCCACAAGACGGGUACAAACACUGAUCGCAACGAUAAAUAGCAGCCGGAAGCCCACAACGGCACACGCGACGCACCCACAAAGGAUGACAAAAGCAAGUAAUAGUGUGCAGUGGGCUUUUUACUUUACCAAUCAUUUGCCGCUGCCUUUUUCAAGGCUCCUUUGCCAUGUCUUGAUUAGAAUAACUAACCAUGAGCCCUCAUUGGUGAUAUGACAACGUAGUCGAUAGUUUAGACCAAAUUGUAAUUAUUUUAGGAUAUGUAAUAUUUAUGUUGCUACGAUUAAGAUAUUUAGUAUAUCUUUACGAACACAAUAUAGCAUGCGCCACCGUGUGGUAUAUAA